CGUAAUUCUAUUCUAUUCUAAUUUCAGUUCAGUUCAGCUAAUAAAAAAACUAGAAAUGGUUUGAAAACUUACCUCGUUUACCCAAACUGCGUCAAUACGAUGGUGACCAUGCCCCCGAAGAAGUAUCGGAUCCACCGGAGCUGUAUCAAUUGUCGCAGGUGGUGGACUCAUGGAAUAACUAUCCAUAAGCCUAUGAACUGGAAAAAAAACAAUUAAUCAUAACAUUAAAAAAAAUUAAAAAAACUCGCCGCCGGCGAAAACCUCACCUCUGUAGCGUUCGCCGCCUUUGCCGCGACCUCGCCGCCCUCUACCGGCGCCGGCGAGUUGCUCCUCGUCGUCAGACAUAUCUCUCUCCAAAAAACCAGAUCUGCUGAGGGAAGAAAAAAGCGACGGCGGACUCGUUCUGGGCAGGGCGCCUUCGACGGGAAUCUGGCACGGUCGCCUGAGUCUGAGGCAGGGUCGUCUCUUUCCUCGACGCUACCGUCUUGGACUGGUGGGCGUGGGGUUGGGGGGACGACUCACUAUUGUUGUAGUGUGUUCUUUCUUUCUCUCGGGCGAGAGUGGUGAGUGGUGGAGAAGAAGAUAAGAAAAGAGGGAUGCGAGGACGCCAUAGUCUCAGGCGAUGACGCCAUUAACUCAUUGGAAAAAAUUCAAAACGCACUUGAGUCUCGGGCGGGCACGCUUCAGUCUCAGGCAAUGGCGCCUUUAACUCGUUGGAAAAAACUCAAAAUGCGCCAGCGCCUGAGCCUCGGACGGGCACGCUUUAACCCUACAAAAAAACACAAUAUAUGUGUCAAUAGUUUUUAAACCGCCGUAUUGAUGGUAAAUUUAAAUAUUUAUGUCAUUAACCCCAAUCCAAAGAGGUGGAUGAGAAAAGGAAGAAAAUAGACAAAGAAGGAAGGGAAAAAGAAAGUUGUUGCGGGUUUCAUAUUACAACAAAGGAAAGCCUAAAAAGCUUAAGGUUGUGGGGAUUGAUUCUAGUUCUGCAUAGUAGUAUUAAGGGGACACACAUCUUUUGAUAAGUCCAGUCAUAAUCUCCCAUUUUGCUUGCUGAUCUGAUUAUGUGCAGAGCUCCAAUGUAAAAGAGUCAUCCCCAUCUUGUGAAUGACAACCCUCCACGGCGUUGCAACAUCUUGGAACACUCUUGCAUUUCUUUCUUUCCAAAUUUCUCAAGUAAUAACAUGUAGAAGUCGGUUUCGGAACCAUUAUCUUACAAAUCCUUGUUGAAUUUUCUUGAACAACUCAUCCGGUUAUGUUAUUUUAGAGUUGAAUAUGAUUUGAAAUAGGUGGACCAGCUGACGUACCGAUGUAUUUAGGUGCAACAAAUUCGUGGGGUCUCACGAAUUUUAAAGGUCCAAAUCUGUGGACCCCACGGACUUAAAAGUCUCACCUAUUUAGGUUGGGAAAUUGAUCAUGGAUUUUGAAGUCCAUCGUUUAAACCAAACUAUCAUUUAUUUUAUUUUUUCAUUUCUCCUCUCAUACCAAUGAGUGCAAUAAAAUUAAAUUUCACUUCAGACAUACAAAUCUAAUUAACCAAUUCUAUCAUAAAAUCUAUGAAAAAAAUAGUAUUUUUCAAGUAUAACAACUUGAAAAAUACCGAGUAUAACAACCUCAUGGCAUUUGCUAGCUAGCCGCUAUAUAAAAAAGGGGGUGGGAUCCAUAUCCCAGGCUUUCUUAUUGUGCUGAUUACGAUGGCUGGAACUGGCGAAUCGCCGGAGACGGCGACCGGCAGGAAAAACUUGCCGGCGGCGAUGACGACGGAUCAGAAGUGGAGAGGUGAGAAUCUUUACUUGAAGUAUAAGUACGGCAGUUGGAUUUUUGGGAUCAAGGCUUUCGAGGACAUAGAUAAGCUAGCGAGAAAAGUGGUGAAUGGAUGCGAGGUUUUAGUACCAACCGUGGUUUGUGAACGGAAUUUCCUCGAUGCCGAUCCCGGUUUCCCAAUCGGGAACGGCUUCUUCAAGUUGAAUGGCAAAGCAUACUUGGUCGGCGGAGAAACUGCAGAGGGGAAACCUUGGGGGGCAGAGGUUUGCGGAUUACCUUAUCAGCUCCUCGAGUCGAGCAAGAAAUCAAGUGGAAAUUUCUAUGAAUUCAGUCCCGAUACCAAUACCCUCCACCUGCUCGAUAAACUUUCUUUGCCUCUCCCUAUGCCGUCUCCAAUAGUUGUUGAGAUCAAGGGCAAAGUGUACGUCCUUUAUGGAGAUCACUGCUGCCAAAGAAGGCACGGAUUCCCGAAAGACUCUGAAAAUUGCUUCCAGGUGUUGGCACUGGAUGAUGAUGGCAAGCCCCAUUGGAAACCACUUCCUGCACCUCCCUUUUACGAGUACGCAACCCGCUCUCACUACUUCAAGGAUAUGGUGGCCGUCGUCGGCUACAAGCUGUACGUCGAAGUGGGCAUCGAGUUGUAUGCCUUUGACGUUGACACUCUAAAGUGGGAACUGGGCGGGCAUUGGUUCCCUUCAGGUGCCAAAACAUUGUCUUCAAGGUUAAUGAAGGAAGGGAAAGACUGUUGUUUUGUGGUCCUUUAUGCAAUGACAUAUGGGGACGAUCCAAAUCAGGAUGGUCUCUAUGCUGCAUUGGUCGACUGCAAGAACGGUGAUUUGUUGCACCGACAGCAUGUCCCUAAAGCAUCGCCCUCUAUGUCUUCUUCUUAUCUUGUUACUUACCAUGUGGUUGAACUAGAGCAGGAUGGUAGUGCUGGCCACUCGUGCAGCCCAUUUUGUUUCGUGUAUACCACAUGUGAUGAUCUUGUUGGGGUUUCAGUUUUGAGAUUCUCCUUAGCGGCGGCCUCUCCAGAUGAGAAGGACUCGAAGCGUUGGUUUCAGUGGGGAACUGAUCGCCUUACCUUGAAGCCUGAAAUUCUGGAGAGCCGUCUAUAUGAAAAGCCAAAGUCGGUGAACGACUUGUACACUGGUCAUUUUGAUGCCGUCUUCCUCAAGGCAGGGUAACCUUCUUUCUUUUUUCCUUUUACAGCUGAAGCAUUUGUGUUCCCCUUGCUUGUUUCAUUUGAAACUGGCGUUGCUUGUGGAACUUGCAUUGUUGUUCUUGCACUGGAAUUGGGAUGAACAUGCAUCAAUCAGUUAAUGAAUCUGGUUUGUUUCU